UCCAGGGAGAACUAGAGGUAACUCUCUCUGCCAGGACGUCGUGGCGUCGACUUCCUCUGAUAGCCAACAUGCUGCUCGAAAACGAUGUUUUUCUUCUUGAGCUCACAAAACUCUUCCAGAAGGCAAAGUCAGCUGGAUCUGUGAUGUUGACCAUGAAAAGAUAUGAUGGGCGUACUAAGCCAAGACCCAGAGAUGGUGGAUUACAUGAACCUAAUGAGUACAAGUGCCUCUUACGAGCAACGCUUGGAAAUAAAAAAAUUAGUACUGUGAUAAACCAUAAAGAUGUGACAAAAUUUCAAAUGGCAUAUGGAAACUUGCUGAAGGCCAAUAUUGAUGGAUUGAAGAAAAAGGACAAAAAAGCGGCACGUGGAAAGAAAAUCUAAAGCAACAGAAUAGUGUACCCUUUAUGAGCAGAUGUUGGCUUCCAUGUAUUCCAUGCUUUGUGUGCUGAAAAGCUAUUUGACUUGUGACAUAAUUAUUUUUCCUAUUGACAGCUGUUGAGAGAAAGAGUACAUUUUUCACACUGACAGCUGUGGAGAAAGAGUAAAUCAAGUGAUCAGUGUUUUGCAAGAAACAUGGAUGUUCUUAAUUUGUGUAAAGAUCAUACAUACAGUUUGGAGUGCAUUCCCUGGCAAUUUUGAGCAAUAGAACAUUGCACAGUGGAAAUAACUGAACUUAUCAAAUCAUGAAAUUACAUGAUUUUACCUUGUAAAAGAUUUGCAUUGAUUUUAAUUUAAGAAAUAUGCCAGAACCAUCACAUACAGUACAAUAAAAUUCACUUCAAAAUUAAUUUGUAAUGACUGCAAGAAGUCUGCACUGUUUGAAGUUUCAUCUAUUAUCCUUGUAGUCAACACUGACAUUUCUGAUGAAGGAGCUGAAAGAGGAAUAAAACAAAGGUAAAGCA